AUGUUUUCUCGUAUCAAACAGAAUCUGGCUUCUUGUAGCCACAACGCCAAGCCGUACCAAGAGUACGUGAUCGAUAAUGUAGCCGAAGAGAUGUUGAAGACCAAUGACCUGUAUCGCGGUAUCAUUCGCAUCAGUAAACGUGACCGAAAUGAUGCGUAUGUAACGUCCGACGCUCUUGAUGCUUGUAUCUACGUGGGCGGCAUCAAGCGAACAGAAAGAGGACAAGAGCGCCAAGGGAAACUCAGUGCUUCCACCAAAAAGUCAUUGGGCGAUAACGACAGUAACUCGACCCAAAGGCCGAAAUACUGCGGUGAAGUGGUGCUAAUACUGGAUCGCGCGGAAGGAUUGUCAUUUACAGGAACUGUUUCCUUGAACAAACCGGGACCGCCAGGAAAAAACGAUCGCGAUAAUCGCGCCCCAAGAAUAGCGUGGUUUAGACCAAAGGACAAUCGAGUGCCUCUCAUGGUCAUUCCCGUUUCAUGUCCACAACUGGACGGUGUUAUUCAUGAUGAGGUUUUAUACGAGGCCAAAAUCACCUAUUGGAGUGCCCGCCACUUCUACCCGCGGGGCGAGAUUAUACGGAAAAUCGACGACAAUUGGAGUCAUUUUUCGAAACUGACCAAUACCAUUUUACUUGACCAUCAUGUGAUUCAUACCCCAUUCGAUACUUCAAUAACCGAAGUAACCAAAGGCUUGCCAAGAUCAGCGCGAGACAUGGAUAGGGAGUAUAGUCAUCGACGAUGCGAUUUUACGCGCAAGCUUGUGUUCACGAUUGACGCUGCUGAUGCCAGAGAUGUCAAUCAGGCUGUUCACUGCAAAUUGCUGAGUGACGGUACCUUUGAAGUUGGGGUCCACAUUGCCGACGUAUCCUCUUUAGUCAGGCCAGGUACUAUGCUUGAUAUCGAAGCUCGCAGACGAGGUGCAACCACGUACCUGGUGGAUGGUAUCGUUCCCAUGUUGCCCGCCAUUUUAUGCGAAGAGCUUUGCACCUUGAAUCCCUAUGUUGAAAGAUUGGCAUUUUCGGUUAUCUGGAAAAUGCAAGCGGACGGUGUCAUCUUGGAUACCUGGUUUGGUAAAUCGAUCAUCAAAUCACGUGCCAAGCUCGCCUAUGAAGAUGCACAGAGUGUGAUUGAUACUGGCCUUUUACCAGGCGAUGCAAACGUCAGUCCAUUUUACGUUAGGCAGGUGGAAAAUGCUAUUACGGCGUUGUUUCGUUUGUCGCAACAGCUCCGACGCCGUCGUUAUCUGCACAGGGCAUUAUCCAUGGAUUCUGUAAAACUUUGUUUCGACUUGGAUCACCAAGGACAGCCGCAAGACAUGUGGAUUCAUGAAUUGAAAGAAGCGAAUAAGCUCAUUGAAGAAUUUAUGUUUUGUGCGAAUACAACGGUGGCAGAAACUAUCAUGCGCCACUAUCCUGACGAGGCUCUAUUGCAUCGGCCCGCGCUACCGAUUGAACGGCGUUUGAACGAAUUUAUUGAUCUGGUGAAAAAGCUCGGUUACGAUUUCAACGGUUCUUCUGCAGACAGCUUGCAAGAAGCGGUCGACAGCAUCACCGAUGAGCAUAUCAAGCAAGCUCUUUUGGCUCUUGGUACCCGCCCGAUGCAACGCGCACAAUAUUGUUGUGCCGGGACACUGGAUGUUACUGAGCAUAAUCAUUACACGUUGAACGAAUCUCCCUACACUCAUUUUACUUCGCCUGUUCGACGUUAUGCCGACAUUAUUGUCCACCGUCAGUUACUGGCGGCCAUCGAGGACCAAGUUCAUUGCAAUUUGACUACUGAAAUGGUACAGAAAAUAGCGCUGCAGUGCAAUCGUAAGGAAGAUGACGCAAAGAACGCUCAGGAAGCUAGCACGAUGUUGUAUCUUGCAAAGUUCCUUCAUAAGCUGACCUUGAGACAAGGGCCCAUCAUUCGUCCUGGCGUGGUGUUGGCCGUGCAUGCUGAGGCGAUCGAAAUUUACGUACCUGAUUACGGCCUGCAAAGAAAGAUUUCCAUGGAGUCUCUGCCACUCGAACGUUUUGAGUACAAAAAUAGGACCUUGACGGUGUACUGGCAACGGGGGGUUGUACUCGAUACGGCGCUUGAAAAAAGAUUGUAUGGGAAAGCAAGAGAACGGAAAAACGACCAUGUUGUAAAAGACGGUAUGGAUGGUAUGGAAGCAUUGAAAGACGAGGUAGACGAUGUUGGAUCUAGCCUGUCAAAUAUACAAGUAACGGAUGAAUCCGUCACCAAUUCGCCCUGUGUGGACCACGAGAUUGCGCCUGUUGAUGAUAGUCCGAUGCAUGAACCGGAACUGGACGAAGCCACAUGCAUGCAACGAUUCCGCAUAUUUACCGAGCUACAAGUUUUGGUUCAAAUGGACAUGGAACAAUUCACACCUGGCGUCCGCAUAUUCCCCGUGAAUCCAUUCGGCGAUUUGGGCCCGCUUUACCCAUAA